AGAACGUGAAGGACUGGAUGCACCUCCUCGAGAAGUACAAGAACGUGCCUCGGGCGACGAGGCAGCGCCACAGUUGGUCCGUCAUGUCACUCCCAGCGCGAUGGGAGUGCAUUGACCUGUUCGGGUGCGAGUACAAGAAUUGUCCGGAGAAGGCUGCGCUGCUCGAAAUACAGCAGGCUCGUAAGAAAGGGACAAGGGACCCCGUGCUGGAGGACCGACUGUUCAGAUGGGGUGCGGAGGCGAGGAUAUGCAGCAGUUGCAAAUACGUCUCUUAUUGCGGGAGAGAUUGUCAGACUGCGGAUUGGCAGAAUCACAAGGCGAAGUGCAAGGAGGAGACCGCGAAAGGUAAGGAUGAGGAGAUCUAGGAGGUUCAUAGUACUACGCUCGGGAUCCCCAGGUACUCUAGUCUCCCAAAGGCGACCGAUUAAAUGCCUCCCUUAUAAGGCAGGUGGAGGGCAGUCGGCAUACAGGUACUCAUGGCCGGAGGCAUAAAAUCAUACAUUUGCAGUGGGGGUGCUAGCGUUAGCGUGUUAUAUCAAGAAUACACAGCC